AUGCCUUCUACCCAGCCGGAUGACCAAGCCCUGUGGAACAAGCUCAAAUCGACAGAGCCUGCUAGAAGCGAUAAGUCUGGAGCAAGCCAGCCCCCUGAGGAACCGGUGGUGUCAAAACAGAAAGUUGCGUUAGUCUCCACUCGCAAGGAGUAUUCAGUCUCUACUGGGUUCUCUGGGGCUGGACUGGCAGAAGAUGAUGAGGAGGUUGUUGACCAGCUUCUUGAAAGUCUUGCGGAUGAAGAUUUCGACCUUACUGCUGCCGAAGUCGGCUCGAUUCUUUUGCCAGGAAACAACACAAGGGUCGACGAGGAUAAAACGGUCAGCCACCUACAGUCGACACGAAGAGAACCUACCAUAUCGGAGGCAGUUAACGAUGAUAACUCCGACGGAGAGCAGAUGGACCAAGCGGUAGAGUCGAUCCUUACUGAGAUCACAGAGGAACUUAAGAGAUUACCACUCCCCUCGGCGUCAGCAACUUCAGAAAAGGCCCAACACGGGAUAGAUGAUCAACAGCCCCAGAUCCAGUCAGACCAAGCCGGAGUCGAGCCCUCGAAGUCAAUCACUAAGACAGCUGAUGCUGAUGUUACUUUCCUGAACCUUCCUUCCGUGCCUUCUCGGCUAGUCGACCCAGUCCCUAGCCACGAAAUAGCCCAUCAUCAGCAGAAAGAGGAAGACGUCGACCAAGAUAUUGCCCUCAGGUUAUUCUCGCUUAAAGGAAUUGGCUACGACGCCUUUGGGAUGCCGAUUGCCCCGACCUUCGACCCUCUGAAACACAGUCCGGCGUCUAAGAGCAGUACAAAGGGCACCGGGCUGCUUCGAUCCAAGUAUUCGGACGAAGACUUGAAGACUUGGUGCAUUGUCUGCCUAGAGGAUGCUACGAUCCGAUGUCUUGGGUGCAACAGUGACGUGUAUUGCGACCGGUGCUGGGGUGAAAUGCAUGUCGGACCGAGAGCAAGCUAUGAUGACCGCGGACACCGGUGGGUGAAACUUGGAAAGACGGGUGAGAAUUGA